UACAACAUCUCUCUACCAAGCUUCACUCCCUCCUCCUCCUCUUGUGUCGCCCUUCCUCCAUUUGCUCUUCCUGCUGCCUGCCGGCCCCUUUCACUCCCUCCUGGUUGCGGACUUUUGUUGAAGGAUUCCGCCACGGGCAAAACUCUCCCCACCACCCACCCAUCCACCCAUCCACCACCCACCACGAGAAAGUUAAGAGAGCGGCCUGGGGGAGGUGAGAAGGGAAAAGUCGCAGAAGGGUAACGCGAUAAUGGACAGCGACGAAGACGGCGUGGAAGAGACCGUGAUGGGUCCAUUGGACGACGACCAGCUUCCACAUGGCUCCUGCAGGGUCACCUACUCUUCAGGGGACUGCUUUGAAGGACACUUUGUCCAUGGUGAGAAGAAUGGCCUUGGAAAAUUCUUCUUCUUUGAUGGAAGUACACUGGAGGGCCACUAUGUGGAGGACGUGCUGCAGGGGCAGGCGGUGUACACGGCCGAGGAUGGCAGCACGGUUCACGGCACGUACGUCGACGGGGAGCUCCACGGCUCGGCGCGAGAGUACGACCCAGAGGGCCGCAUCACGUUCCGCGGACAGUACCGCGACAACUUGCGCUGUGGCCUCUGCUGGAUCUACUUUUCCGAUGGCGGGAGACUUGUAGGAGAGGUUAACUCAGAUGGGGAGAUGACGGGUGAUCAAGUAGCCUAUGUUUACCCAGACGGUCGAACGGCGUUCUACGGACGCUUUUCUGAUGGCGAGAUGAUCUCGGCACAGCCGGCUAUCCUCCUGGGUCUUGACAAAAAUGAGAAGCCACGCUUUGAGGUGGACAAAGGAGGGCCCAUACUUCAUUUGGACAAGUCAACAUCUACUGUCAUCUCUUCACAGCCCCUCUGUGCUGACCUUUAUGAGAAGGACAGAGUUUGUGUUGGGCAAUCGCUCAUCACAGGAGCAGCAGAGGGACUCUUUGCCAAGGUCGACAUGGAAACGGGCACAGUGGCUGCAUUUUACAAUGGCACACGGAUCACGCACGAGGAGGUGGAUGCACGAGAUUGGUCACUGAAUGGCAAUACCAUCUCCCUUGAUGAUGACAUCGUCAUUGAUGUACCAAAGCACUUCGUGAGUGUGGAGAGAUACUGUGCCUCACUGGGCCACAAGGCCAACCAUUCAUUCACGCCAAACUGCAAAUACGAUUUUUACAACCACCCACGGUUUGGGCCAAUCAAGUGUGUGCGGACGGUGCGGGCUGUAUAUCGUGAUGAAGAACUGACAGUCGCCUAUGGUUACGACCACAACCCGGCCGGAAAGAGGCAGGCGGAGGCCCCGGAAUGGUACAUCCGUGAGCUCGAGAUCCACAGUGCCACACAAGGCUAAAACGCAGAGACAACCACCCCAAUGUGUUUUUCAGGUUAUAUUUCGUGUUGUUCAGCAUGAUGUCCGACAUAUCUCUCCACGUACUGGGAGCUUUUUGAGGAGCGAAGUGUCAAAACAUCGUUUCGAAUGACAUGUGGCACAACUUGAAAAUACACUGGAAAAAAUGCAGCAAAACCGUGAAAACCUACGCAGUAGCACAUGGGCGAGCAUACAAGGUCUUUUUACACCACCAAAACCCCUUUCGGUAGCGAGAUGUAGGUUGAUGUCACUGGCUGUAGGGGUAAGUCACAUUCAUGCUUUCAUUAAGUGCAUGGCUGAUAUUUUCAAACACAUUUGGUGAUUUGUGUCCUCUGACAAUUCAAACUGGCUUGGGAGGAAAAAAGGAAUGGUACGUGAGUUUUGUCUCGACAUUUCAUCUGUGUUUGAUUUCAUGACUAGUAGUUGUCCGAUCGGUUUUUGGGCUUUACCACGUGUUGUGUGGCAGAAAGCUGUCGGCACGCGCAGCAAUAAAUAGGACAUGCCGAACAACACGUGGCAAAACCCUUGAACACAUCUGAGAGCUAAGGGGCACAACUGCGAAAAACCAGUGAAGUGUUAGAUAAUUACAAAUUUGUAAAAAUACAGCUUACCUUUUGCAGUGGUUAAGAAAAAACUUUUUUUGGCGCUGUAAACACACAGAGCUUACAUUACCAAUGAAGAUUUAAAGCACACGGGUGACGGAAUACAUUUGCUCUGUGAUUUGCUUAAUUUCUGUAAAAUCCAGGUCUACAGUGAUAUUGUAUUAUUUAAGUUAAUAUCAAUAUAUUUAUAGAAUUAUUCAGUGGCAAAAGUCCAUUGCUAGGUUUUUGUUAGUGUAACAAAGUAAGACUAUAAUUUUUUCCCAAAUAAGAGUUUUCCAAAGAAAUGUAAAGGGAUGCAUAUUAUUUUGGACAAUUUGUAUCACCAUUUGUUUUGCCAUUAAUGUGCCUCUUUAAAGUGAUCUGUGCCACACAAUGCAUCAGCAGCUAUUGUGUUCCUUGUCCAUUACAAGAGGACAAGGUAAAUGUAUGCAUACAAUCGUGCCUGCAUCCAGAAUAACAAAUCCUGACAAUUGUAAUGAAUUUCGUGCAUAUUUAAAUAGUAAUACCAUGUGGAUAUAGAAGGGCCAUGGUUGUAUUUUUUAAAAUUUAUUUUUAUUGAGAGAAAAAAUAUAUACAGGUGUCGAAUGACAAUCGAUGGUUAUUACCAGAAUUCUUAUUCCUAAAUGAUGGAUGCGUUAUGAAAAGCCUCAUUGCCUUAACUUGAAGUGUGAAAGCUACUACUUGUGAUAUGGUGAAAAGGGAUCUCUACAAAUGUGCUUUGUUUAUAAGAAUGUGUAAUGGUGUGCAGAGUUUAAGUAUUCAGAGACUUGAAAAUAAGUUAAAAUGGAUGGUUUUUAUUUCGCAUUUUUUACAAUUGUAAAGCUGGGGAAAUGGUAGUGCCAAAGAAGGUUAGAAGUGCAAAGCGGAGUUAAAGAGUUAUGAUUAAUGAGAUGACAAAUAUUUUUCACUUACAGUAUCUCCCAUCAUAUAGAUUCUUGAAUCAUUUUAAGAUAAUUUCAGAAUAAACAUCACUGAUUUGGUGUGAUUUUUCUUUCCCCCUUAUGACCAGUUGUAAAAAAGACUUAAAUGGUGCUAAGUUUUUAACUUAAAGCAGUAUAGUGGCUAAUGCUCAAUGUUUUCAUUGCAACUGGCUGCAGAACCUAAUUUUCGACAGUUUAACUAAACCCUUGUUGUUAAUUCAGUAUGUGUAGCUCUGUACACUAAUAUGAAAGCGAACUUUGUAGGGUACACUUCACAGAACGUUUUCAGUUUUUCAUCGUCUUUAUAACAACGCAUAAUGCAGUUAAGCAGUGGGAUGUGUUUCCUGUAGGAUGCUAUGACUUUAGUUGGGUUGGUAUACCUUGUUUUUUUUCUUAAAGCCUGUUUACACGAUACCCACGGUUGUACGAUUGAAGUUGAGCGCUGAAAGUUAGGGAAAGCAUUACAACGGCUGCUUAAAACAAAGUGGUGUUAUUUCGAUCGGUGACGAUUGAACGCAGGGAGUUUUAUCAGUAUCCAACCAGGAGAUGAAAUUAACUCAUUGAGAGGAAUGAAACAUUGCCUUGUUUGGAAGGGUGAACUGGGUUGCAGCACAACAUACAAACUAACAAUAUAUCUCGACCCGUACAAUGCAGCUUUCUAAUUUGGGCUGUGUGUUGAUAAUUUAUUUUGUCAAGUUUUCAUCGUGGUUCGAUAUUUAUAACAAGCGGCCGCAAAGGCAUAAACUACAGACUAACUUUGGCAUUAAUUUAGUAAAAACCUGAACAAGGCCAAUGUGGGCUACAUUCUAUAUACAGAGGGAUGCCGGUCUGUGCCCAAAUAUGGGCCACGAAAGUUUUCACUUAAGGAGGCCCCUUCCACCAGCAGUGGCAUGAGCAUGUAAUUGUGGGGCUUCACCUUUACCUUUUACACGGCUUUAACAACGAAGUCUGAAUUGUGUACUCGCAAGUGCUAGAAACACAUUCCUGCAGAGGGAGCUGGUAGGAACGUUGG